UAAAAAUAAUGCCGCUGAUGCGCAUUUCGGGGAUAAUAGCGGAUACGUAUGGGACGUGUGAGAAAAUAUUAUUGUACUGCGGAGUGAUAUUUUUCUUGACUGAAGCGUGCUUGGUGUUUGGAACAUUGGAGUACAUACCAAUGGAUAUUCAAGUAAACGCUUUAGUACUUGGAACCCUAUCGGCUGCAGGAGCAAUUUUAUUCUUCAUUGAUCUUCAUCAUCAAUCUUCCUUAAUCAAAAGUGUAGCGCAAAUUGACGCUAAAUCUUUGUUAGCGAAAAAUGUACCAAGUGUUCUUCAAAAAUCAUCAAUUCAGUUGAAGCCUUCGGUUCCUGCUAAUGUACAAAUAUACCCUGCUGGCUGCCGAGAAUACUUAAAACCACAGGGGGGGAAAUUAAAGGCACGUGUGCUUCAAACUGACGUAUAACCCUUUCAGCCCCAAAGUUACUUGUAAGCAACAAAAUGAGUGUAAGAGUUAAACUGUUUUCAUUACCUACCUUUAAAAAUCCCCGCACACUUAAGUAGUUUCAAACCAUUUAUUUUAUUUAUCAAUACAAAAGUUUGGCCCACUGUAAUUAUGAGAAUAUGUAUAAAAAAAAGCAUUUACAUUUUUUUUUGAUAAAUAUCAUAUAU